AUGGGUUCGCUUUCUUUUGGCAUCAGUGAAUUAAUGGAGGAACCGGUUGAAGGAUGGUAUAAAUUGCUCAGUGCGGAAGAAGGCGAAUUUUAUAAUAUAGAGAUACCACCGGAAACAGAAGCCGAGAUCGAGAAAAUCAAGAAGAAAAUUGACGAAAUGGACAUCAAUUCUGAUAAGGUAUUGAGAUUUAAAACUGCGCAAAAAUUACAAACUGGAAUUGUUUCCCGAACUUUGCUCCAUAACUUAGUGUUUAGUCGAUUCGCAUUGUUUAAAGCUUUCUUUUUGCUGGAAAUAGGCUUCCAGCACCACUCUGUUGUAGCUACUUUCCUAACCAGAAAUAAAUGCCCCAUACCUUUCACUCGAGGAAUAAAAGGUAUAAAAAAGGCCGAUGGACUCGCUAGUCGAAUGUAA